AUGAGCUUUCACGCGCAUGGCAACCUUACUUCUUCGAGCAAACCAUCCCCUGCAGAAGUAGAGUGGAUCUAUAGUGACCAGUUAGUCUGGGUCUAUUUCCCUAUAUCUCCUGGGGAGAAGAUAUGUGGGGUUUGGGUUCUGACACUCCCUGGAGGCCUAGCAACAGUUGCAAUCUACACAACACUUGGACGAUCGCGCAUUUUCGGAUCCUAUCAGGAAUCUGAACAUCGUUCUGAUAUCAAACUCCAGCGCCUCAAUGGAAGCCCAGAUGGGUACGUUAAAUCCAUCUACUACAAUGACCUCCGACCAAAGCCCACGGAACGAGAUCUCCGGUUAGCCGUUGUUAGUACCAAAGAGACCACAGUUGCAGUGCCUGAAGACCCACCGUGGCCUAUCGGCAAAGUCCCAGUUGCUGGCAGGCAAAUUGGGCAAGACUGGUUCCACUCUCAGGCAAUACUAAAAAAUGUCCAAUCCAUCGACACCUGUAAGCACAGAACAACCGGUAUUUGCCUUGGCAUUUUACUGCACUACGAGGAUUCCACUAGAGAAGCCUUGGGGCAGUGGCGCUUCGACCAUAACAUCGAAGUAAUGGAUAAACAGGAGGUCCCUCAUCAAAUCAACUUGUGUUUAGGUUAUGUCGAGAGUAUCCCAUGCGUAACGGAUAUCUGUUUCGGUUCAGGAGUAGACGACCCAAGAUGGGUAGCAAUCGCUAUGCGGGGUUGUCUAGUGUGGUGGUUCAGUAAACUCGGUGGGCUUGUAGUCCAUGAAGAUGAUACGUUAUGA